UGCAUUUUAUUACAUUUAUUAUUUAUUAACAGUUAUCAUAGUGUAUUAUAGUUUUCUGAUAACAAAAACAAUCAUUAAUUGUCAAAUAUAUGUUCUAACCUAAAAAAAAAAAUUAAAAAGAACAGAACCUUUAAUUUUUCAAAACUUCACAUAUUAUUUAAUUAAUGUGCAAUGUCUUAUCACUCACAUACACAAUAUUAUAUUUAAAGAUAACAAAAUAAUAGUGAUAAUAAUAUUAUAAAAAUAAUAUUUUUCUAAAAACAACAAACACCUCAAAAAAUGGCUAGGAUCAAAACUCAAGAAAGAGUAAUGAAACCAAGAAACAAAUUAAACAACAAUCAAUUGAAUAAUAAAAAAGAUGCUAAUAAAACAAAAUUACCAAUAUUUAAUUCAGUCAUUACUGCAGUAUGCAUUGCAAUUGCUGCAUGGUUCAGUUUCAAAGGGUACCUUGAAACUAGGGUAAAUACACCAUAUGAAAUAGAAAAGUUGGUAACCAUGAACGGGUUAGAUGUACCUGACAGAUAUUGGGGUACAUACAGACCCAACGUAUACUUUGGAAUGAAAACAAGAGAUCCACAUUCUUUGGUAACUGGACUAAUGUGGUACUCUCCACAACAUCUACGACUGGAUGGUGGAGGUCUUAGACAUUGGUGUGAACAGGGUGACCAACUAGAUAGAUAUGGUUGGUUGGAACACGAUGGAAGAACAUUUGGUAUCCAAGAGAUAGUUGAUUCAUCUGUUAUCUUAACAACAACAUUUGUAAAAAGACUGAGUGGUCAAUAUGGCGGUGAUUGGACAAACAAAAUCAGUGUCAAUUCUAAAGAUUCUAAAAAACUUGAACAAGAAAUCUCUUUACUAUUUUAUAUCGCUAUUGAAGAAAAUACAAAAGGAUGGAUAGAAGUGAAUUCUGACAAUGAUGACAAUUUAACAGGAAUGUCUGGAAAUACACAAGGAUUAGGUUCCUUUAAUAUUAAUAUACAUGUAACUAAAGGUACUAUAGAGGAACAUUCAUUCUUAUCAACAACUGCACCAAGUUUAACUGCAUUAACAGAAACUGUUUUUAAAAAUUUGAGAAGAGCAUCGUAUAAAAAAAGUAACAAGAAACAUAUAGUGUUAUCUGGUGAACAACUUUCAUUAUUACCAGAUGGAACUAAAGAGAAACCUAAUUUUAUUGUUACACAAGUAACAGGAAAGGUUCCUUUUGAAAUAGAAAUUAAUUAUGAAUCUGAAAGUUUCACCAAUAGAUUGGAUAAAUUGAGUAAUGAUAUAUAUGAUCAAGAAUUACUAAAACAACGUAAAUUAUUUGAUGAUAAAUUUGAAAAGAUUUUCAAAUUAAAAUCCAAAGGUUAUUCCAAUGAAGAAAUAUCUUUUGCUAAAAUGGCAUUUUCCAACAUGAUUGGUUCCAUCGGUUACUUCUAUGGAAGUUCACAAGUUCAAAGUACACACACAAAAGGUCCUGUGCCUUAUUGGAAAGCACCUUUGUAUACAGCAGUACCUAGUAGAAGCUUUUUCCCACGUGGUUUUCUAUGGGAUGAAGGAUUUCAUGGUUUACUUAUUUCAGCAUGGGAUUUAGAAAUUGAAUUAGAUAUUAUAAGUCAUUGGUUUGAUUUAAUGAACAUCGAAGGUUGGAUACCAAGAGAAAUGAUUUUAGGUCCUGAAGCGUUAGCCAAAGUUCCAGAUGAAUUUGUAACGCAGAUGAACACCAAUGCGAAUCCUCCAACAUUCUUUUUGACUUUACAUUAUAUUCUUGAACAUAAACAAGAAGAAUUGUUAGAUAAACAUUAUCAUCUUCUUGACAAAUUAUAUCCACGUCUUCAAGCUUGGUUCAAUUGGUUUAAUACAACACAAAUUGGUGAAUUACCAAGUACAUAUAGAUGGCGAGGUAGAGAUCCCGAUACUAACAGAGAAUUAAAUCCAAAAACUCUUACGUCAGGAUUAGAUGAUUAUCCUAGAGCUUCACAUCCAAAUAUUUAUGAACGACAUGUUGAUUUACGUUGUUGGAUUGCAUUUGCUGCUAAUGUCAUGUCCAGAAUUACAGAGGUCUUGAAUCAUUCCAAUAAUAAAUACAAAGAGACCUUUGAUUAUUUGUCUGAUAAUAAUUUAUUGAAUAAAUUACAUUGGUCAUUUAAUACACAAACUUAUUCAGAUUUUGGUCUUCAUACUGAUAAAGUUGUAUUAAUGAGACCAAAUUCGCAAUCCAAUGUAAAACCUUCAGAAAUGAUUAGAGUUGUCUUUGAUGAUCCAACAUUAAGAUACGUUGAUUCCUCUUUUGGUUACGUAUCCUUAUUUCCAUUCAUAUUACAAAUUAUUCAUCCUAAUUCACCACAUUUAGAAAAAGUUUUACAGGAUUUAACUGAUCCUGAUUUACUCUGGACAAAAUAUGGAUUAAGAUCGUUAGCAAAAACAUCACCACUUUAUAUGAAAUAUAAUACGGAACAUGAUCCACCUUAUUGGCGUGGUGCCAUUUGGAUAAAUUUAAAUUAUUUAACAGUACGAGCUGCACACUAUUAUUCCAAAACUGAAGGACCUUAUCAAUCAAAAGCAAAAAAAGUUUAUGAUGAUCUCAGACAUAAUAUAAUACAAAAUGUUAUGCAACAAUACAAAUAUAGUGGCUACGUAUGGGAAAAUUAUAGAGAUACUUUAGGUAGUGGAAAAGGUAGUCACCCAUUUACAGGUUGGACGUCAUUGGUGGUUUUACUUAUGGCAGAAAUUUAUUGAAAAACUAUUUUAUUACUCGUGAAAUACAAUAUACUCUUAAAUAUAGAAUAAUACAAUUAAAAUUAGAAGAAGAAAUCAGAAAAGAGGUUCCUUCUUUUAAUGAAGGUAUAACAAACACAACAAGAUUUCAAAUAAUAAUAAUAAUAAUAAUAAAUUGAUACAAAUGAUUAUAUAUAAAAUUCAACUUUUAAAUAUAUUAUCAAAAUAUUCAGAAUAUUUGAGAUUAUUCCUGGUGGUGUAUGCAAUGGUGUCGGUGUAUUCUAUGCACGAAAAUAAGGGGGAAACAAAAAGUACACCCUGUAUAUUAUAAAACUUUAUAUAUAUAUAUAUAUAGUUCUAUUCGUUAAGUAGUAUAUAAGUAACAUGUACAGCACAAUAUGCAUUUAAUGAUUGUCAAAUAUUUUAUAUAUGCAUUAUUCUCUAUUUAUAUAUAUAGUGAGGCCAAAAAUAACAAGUAACAAGUAAAACAAAUCAGUCUACAUUAUAACAUAUUGAUCUAUGCACACUUUACAAGGCAAAUAUAUAUAUCUUCAUUAUCAUUAUAUUAGUUAUGCAUAAUACAGUAAUCUAUAUAGAAUACUAUAAUGUUGUGAAUGUGGCAUGAACGACAAUGACACAAUCAUUAUGCAAUUUAAUGAGCAAAACCUGUUCAACAAAUAUUUUCAAUAUUAUUAUAAUAAUCCACUUAAUAUGUUAUCUUAUUAUAAACAUAUAUGUAUUUCU